CACUCCAGCCCAGAGCAGCGAGCUGUGUCUGGCGGUUGUCUCACGGGAGAGCCAGGACGAAGUUGACAAAGGUUAGGUGUCCACCACAGAGAAACGCACCAAGGUGGUCCCGGUGCGAGUCCCUGCGCGCGCUGAUACGUAGGGGAAGAGAGCCCGCCCGCGAGGUGCGCUGGGCUGUACCCAAACCGCUUUCCGGAGAGAAAGCCAAGUCCAGAAACUGAGUGCGUGUAAGUGUGCGCGCCCCCGCGCGGGGGCGUGGCAGCAAACAGCAACAACCCACUGGCGAGCUCAGCCAGAAACUCUGAUCUCCCUCCCCUGCCGGAAAGUGCGACUAGCUGGAGCUCGGAGGAGGCCUGGGGGGACCCAGUGGGAGCCUGGCCGGGGAGCCAGGAUGGCCGCCCUCGGAGCCCUGCUGACAUGCCUGGGAGUGCUCCUCUUCCUGUUCCCGGGGGCGCAGGCCCAGAGCCGCGCCCCGCCCGGCUGCAGCCCGGACCUCAACCCCCUCUACUACAACCUGUGUGACCAGUCUGGGGCGUGGGGCAUCGUCCUGGAGGCGGUGGCGGGGGCGGGCGUCGUCACCACGUUUGUCCUCACCAUCAUCCUUGUGGCCAGCCUCCCCUUCGUGCAGGACACCAAGAAGAGGAGCCUUCUGGGGACCCAGGUGUUCUUCCUGCUGGGGACCCUGGGCCUCUUCUGCCUCGUGUUUGCCUGCGUGGUGAAGCCCGACUUCUCCACCUGCGCCUCCCGGCGGUUCCUCUUCGGGGUCCUGUUCGCCAUCUGCUUCUCCUGCCUGGUGUCCCACGUCCUCGCCCUCAACUUCCUGGCCCGAAAGAACCAUGGGCCCCGGGGCUGGGUGAUCUUCACCGUGGCCCUGCUGCUGACCCUGGUGGAGGUGAUCAUCAACACGGAGUGGCUGAUCAUCACGCUGGUCCGGGGAGGAGGCGAGGGCCACCCUCUGCACAACGGCAGUGCCAGUGGAGUGGCAGCCUCCCCCUGCGACAUCGCCAACAUGGACUUCGUCAUGGCGCUCAUCUACGUCAUGCUGCUGCUGCUGGCUGCCUUCACGGGGGCCUGGCCCGCCCUGUGUGGCCGCUUCAAGCGCUGGCGGAAGCACGGCGUCUUUGUGCUGCUCGCCACAGCCACCUCCAUCGCCAUCUGGGUGGUGUGGAUCGUCAUGUACACCUACGGCAACCGGCAGCACGACAGGCCCACCUGGGACGACCCCACGCUGGCCAUCGCCCUCGCCGCCAACGCCUGGGCCUUCGUCCUCUUCUAUGUCAUCCCUGAGGUGUCCCAGGUGACCAAGGCCAGCCCGGAGCAAAGCUACCAGGGAGACCUGUACCCCACCCGGGGCGUGGGCUACGAGACCAUCUUGAAAGAGCAGAAGGGCCAGAGCAUGUUUGUGGAGAACAAGGCUUUUUCCAUGGACGAGCCGGCCUCGGCCAAGAGACCAGUGUCACCGUAUAGCGGGUACAACGGGCAGCUGCUGACCGGCGUGUACCAGCCCACCGAGAUGGCCCUGAUGCACAAAGGCCCGUCCGAAGGAGCCUACGACGUCAUCCUCCCACGGGCCACCGCCAACAGCCAGGUGAUGGGCAGCGCCAACUCGACCCUGCGGGCUGAAGACAUAUACGCAGCUCAGAGCCACCAGGUGGCCACUCCGUCAAAAGAUGACAAGAACUCUCAGGCUCAGUCCCCGCAAAAUAAAACGAGAUGGUAGACGCCCUGUUCCCUGGACUGCACGUCGCCCUGAUGCCCCCCUCCUCUGUGUGCUGGCCGGGCAGGGCCCCGCACCUUCUCUACCCUUGUCAUUGCACCUGGGAGGGCCCAAGGCCACCGAUCUGGAGCACUGGACCAAGUGGGGGUCUCUCUGGAACCCCGAGGCUUAUGGCUGGGGCUCUCGGGCCACCCCCUACCUGCCCUGCCCCACGUUUCCUGGUCCCCAAGUGGUGGAGGCCCCAGGAGCUGUCUGCAGACCUAUCUGCCUCCGUCGCCCUCGUGACAAACUCCUCCCACACCCCAGCCCCUGUGUCAUGCUGUGGCUGUCCAGAUGGCCAUCCUCAGAUGCCCCUGUCUUCACACCGUGAACCUUCCUGGCCACCCUUAGUGUCCAGCAUUAGCUGUCCCCCUGCACGCCUGGGUGAAUCGAGGACAGUCUCUGGAGCCAUGCCGUGGCAGAAGUUGGCCCUUGCUUUUCUCACCUGGGCCUUCUGCCACCCCCUGAAUGAACCGCGGGAGGCCACAAGCUGGGGCAGAGCCCACCGAGGCCCGACAGACACCGCUCCUCCGCAGAGCUGGUGGCCCGGACCCAGUCCCCGUGCUGCACCGCCCCACACCCUCUCACCUGCGGGGAACUGGGUUCUGUCAAGACUCAAGACAAAGGCUGGGGCUGCAUUCUCAGGGACCAGCUGAGAGUCCUGGACCACGCAGACUGGGGCUCAGGCCUCUUCCGGGACAGACCUGUGGGACCUGGGGAGGCCCCUUAGGUAAGCGGCAUCCGGACCUGAAUGCUGUGCCGCUUCCUGAUGGGCAGAGGAGAGGCUUCUACCUCACCUUGGGUCCCUCCCUGGGCUGGUCCUGCUCUCCUCACCCAGGAUGUGCCCCAGGGGGCCCUGACGCCACCCGGGGAAGUGGGGGACGUCUGCGGGACCUGCGUGAUGCUGACUCCAAGGACCGAAGUGUGCUCAGCUCCCGGUCUGUGGGCACAUCCCUGGAGCCUCGUCACCCUGGCUUUGCCCCGCCCUCUGGUACCAGGCAGAGAUGGCUCAUCCAAGGGGGGUCGCCCUAGGUGUGCUCCUGCGGCUCCGUUCUUAGCCCAGCGUCACCUCCGGGUGCCAAGAAGAGGGUGAGGACGAGAGCAGCGAGGGGGGUUGGGCUGUGCCCAGCCUUGCUCUAUGCUCAGUCCUGCAGUUCCAGCGUCACCCUCCUGCCCCCAGCAGCCUGUGCCUUUGCCACCGGAGUAUCUCUCCAGAGCUAAAUGGGGUGAACGGGCCCCGUAGGUGAGAAUAGGGCUGUCCACCCAGCGUGACCCUCCCCCGCUCCCCCACCAUUUAUGAUCCAUUGUACUGAGUUGCUCGGUUCCAAGAAUGAGUGUAACUUCCCCCUGACGAAGGGAGGCGGGGAGCUCUGUGCGCCUCGGGCUUCUCUUGAUCUAGGUUAGUGGCCCCAAGAUCCCUCACAACGAACAAAGGGACUAUCUUGCUUUUGGAGAUGAGAAGAUCACGUGAGUCCUUCCCAGCGCCAAGCGGCCUCGGGGAGCAGCCUGCAGUGAAUGUGGGUUUGUGCACAGGCCCCUGGGGACCUGCCGCGAGGCCCAGAGAGGGACGGGUCCCUAAAGGCGCAGGCUGCGGGGUUCAGGCAGGCCCUGCGGCCCUGCUGAGUCGGGUCCUCGGCCCAGGCAGGCGGAGAGAGAAGUGGUCCAGCUGCACCUCCGCGAGGCCCGAAGGGGCGAAAACCCGGGGCCAGUGAGGUCAGGCCAAUGUCCCCGUGCAUUUUACAGCUACCCUGUGGGACUCUGGCCUGGCGCAGAGCACUUGGACUUCAGACUCGCUCGGAACCAAAUGACCUUACUCCCUGUUCACAACGGGUCAUUACCACUGGAACCCUCUGUGUUCAUGAAGAAUUUUUCUGGGCUUUAUGAAUAAUAUAUAUUUUUAAAGAUGUU